AUGUCAACGCCAAUCCCACAACCCCCCGGCGUUCCUCUGCUAGGCAACAUCUUUGAUGUUGAUCCGAGCAACACCUGGUGGUCAUUGAAGACACUUGCUGAAAAAUAUGGGGAGAUUUUCCAGAUCAAGGUCCUUGGCCACCGCAUCGUCUUCGUCGCCAGCGCUGCAUUGGCCGAGGAAAUCUGCGACGAAAAGCGGUUCCGCAAAUACGUCGGCGGACCGAUCGUCGAGAUCCGCUACACGGUCCAUGACGCGCUCUUCACGGCUUACGAUCACGAGGAGAGCUGGGGCAUUGCCCACCGUAUUAUGGUGCCCCAGCUCACGCCGGACGCAGUAGCGAGCCACUUUGACGAGGUUAUUCAGUGCACCGAUGGCCUGAUCGCGAAAUGGAGUGGGCUCGAGUCUGGUGGCCGGACCCGUCCCAUGGACGACCUCAACCGGCUCAACCUCGAGGCCAACACGCUGACCCUGUUUGGCAAGAAGCUGAACUGUUUCGAGGGACCUGAGCACCCCAUGAUCAAGGCGAUGGAGGACGCAACGUCGGAAGCCAUGAAGCGGCCGAACAGGCCGAAGCUGCUCAACUGGUUGAUCCAUGACGGCAAGUUGAAGAAAGCAACAAAGGUAAUGCGCGGCUUCGCUGCCGACCUGGUCAAGGAGAGGCAGGAGAAUCCUUCGGAGCGGCGUGACAUGCUCUGGACCAUGCUGAACGUGAAGGACCCCGAGACGGGCAAGGCCCUGACUGAGUCGCAAGUCAUCGACGAGAUUGUGAGCAUGCCCAUCGGCAGCAGCACCGCCCCCUGUGCCAUCGCCGCGGCUAUCUACUUCCUCCUCCAGAACCCCGACGCGCUCGUCAAAGCCAGGGAUGAAAUUGAUGCGGUGGUUGGCGAGGGGCCCUUUAAGCAGGAGCAUGUCUCCCAGCUGCAGUACGUGGCAGGCCUUGUCCGCGAGACGUUGCGGCUCUCGUGCGCGGCCCCGGGCUUCAACAUCGAACCUAUCCCCAAGAAGGGCGACGAGUCCCCGGUGCUUCUCGCGGGUGGGAAGUAUCAGGUUCCGCACAACCAGGCCAUGAUCAUCGUGUUGGCUGGCGUCAAUCGUGACCCGGCUGUUUUCGAGGAGCCGCUCGCUUUCCGGCCCGAGCGUAUGAUGGGCGAGGCAUACGAGCAGCUGCCGUCUGCCGUGAAGAAGUGGUUUGGAAACGGCAAGCGGGAGUGCAUCGGCAAGCACUGGGCGUGGGAAUUCCUAGUUGUGGUCAUAACGAAGCUGAUUUCGGAGCUCGACUUUGAGGCAGCCGACCCCAAUUAUCAGUUCAAGCAGGAUGGAUGGUUCAAUAUCCGGCCUAUCGACUUCUCGGUCAAGGUCAAGUCAAGGACGCGUUGA